AUGGCCCUGGUGGGUUGGGUUGGGUUGGGAGCAAUUCUUCCCUUGCCUGGGUUUCGGGACUUUUCUUUUGCAGCCCAGCAGCAACUUGGACUAGAUAAAGAAGGCCGAGGUUUUUGGAGAAAAUCGGGAGCCGUGGGAGGGGCUUGCGGGCCUCCCGUCCCUCCCGCGGACAGUCUCCUCUGGGCGGACAGACCGAGUGUGGCCCGGGUAGGUAGCCGAGGCUCUUCGCGGGAAGCGGGCAGUCGAAGGCGACUUACCGAGCCGGACGGCGGUGGUUCUAGCGCAGUUCUUUUUAGCACUAGGCCUUGUUCCUCGACUUGUUUCCGCGCAAAUCUGGCUGCCGGGGCUGUGGACGGCAUGGAGUCCGUGCAGGAACUCGCCAACGGCUCCACUGCCGAGAUCCCCAACGACCCUGGGAAGAUGUUCGUCGGUGGGCUGAGCUGGCAGACGACGCCCGGUGAGUGGACCAGCGCGUGCUUGAGAACAGUAAUAAACUCGCCCUUGUCCGCGCUCCUGGGAUGGAUGUAG